AUGAGGGUGUGCGUGGUCGGAGCCGGAGUUUCUGGCCUCCCAUCCAUAAAGGCAUGCUUAGAAGAAGGAAUCGAAGUGGUGUGCUAUGAGAAGACGGCUGAUCUCGGUGGCCUAUGGAACUACCGACCUGGCCAGAAAAAUAUUGGAGGUACUGUGAUGGCUACGACCGUCGUGAACACAUCCAAAGAAAUGAUGGCAUAUUCAGACUUUCCUCCACCAGAAGAAUGGCCAAAUUUCAUG